ACACCGGCUGUUUCACCAUCUCAUCCACCUCAUUUUUAUGACGGUGUGGCAGAAACUCUGGACAGAAUCGCACACAAACACAGUGUGAAAAAGAAAUCCCCAGUUAAACCAGAGGCUGUGCCAAGUACACUCAAAGACAAUGACAAAGAGGCUGUGGUUCAACAACUAGUUCAGAUAUUAACUUCAGAGGGGGAUGCCAUAAACGGAAAGAUAAAUGCCAACCCCUUCCUGCGGUCCACCCUCACACGCCUCUCCUACCCAUCCUUUGCCAAACUCCUUGACACGUAUGCCAGUCAGAGUGAGGAGCCCCCCGCUCCGGCUCCGGUCAGCCCUACGCUGCGGCGUCUCGCCAUCACUAUGGAUGUAUCUCGACAACGAGUGGUCACGGCCACUGGAGUUCAGCGUCUGACGGGGUAUGCUGAACGCUACAUGGAGAGCUUCGCACCGUGGGUGAGGAGUCACGGAGGAUGGGGGAACAUUGCACAAUUGGAUGAGGUGCUGGAGUUUGAUUGACCUCAUUAUGUUCAUUAUGAACUCUGGAUCAUGUAGCAUGACCUCUGUGAGGAACGGAACAACAAGAACCAGCCAGCUGGACAAUUGACACUAUUUGAUUAUAUGGGUUUUGUGCUGAUGUAUUUAUUUUUUUAUUUGUAAUUUGAAUGUUUUGAAAUUUUUUUGAUGUGAGUUUUAUACCAAAAUACAUGAUUUCAAUCAUC